UCUGCGUGUAUCUCUUCUGCUUACUUAUCCUGCAAAGCAGGUCUGACCUCGCUCGAGGACAACUGCCGUCCAUUUAAGGUCACUUUAAAGGAAAGCCCGGCCAUUUUUUCUUUGCGAAUUGGAUAAUACCGUGUCACUCUGGACGUAACGUAAAAUACACAUCGGACAAUUUGGUGAUGGAACUAGACCCGUAGUGCAAACGGUAAAUCUAGAUACAGUUCAUCGCAGUUCGCGAUAUACUUACUUCAAAACGUUGACUGUAGGUGGGCGGCAAAAUGAAGGGAAAGGUUAGCUACUGGCUGUUAUCCAUGGUGAUUUUCAUGAAGAUUUUUACAACACUCGACGCCACUGGCAAGAUUGCUGUACGCUUAACUUCGUUCAAAAAUGAAAACUAUUUCGACUUUAACGGUUAUUGUUGCGAAAGUACCAGGUGGAUGACUUCGUGUACCCAGUCAUGUGAUAGUGCAUUUAAAUUGUGCUUUGACACCGCUCUGGGAUUUGAUACACUCAGCUAUUGUGCGUAUGGAUCCGUUGGUUAUAUAGGGAAUAUACCAGACAGAUAUAUCACCUUCCGUGACCAUUCCUUAUUUUCGAAACCCUUUAAAGCCAGUUUCACGACGUGGCCGGGCUCUUCCAAACUGAAAAUUGGUGUUAUAGAUAGAGACGGUUCUUUGGCGGAUAGUGACAUGGUUGACUACCUUUGGACAUUCAUUAUCACAAAAGCUGCAGCAAGCGAAAGCUCGGCACCGUGGACCAGUCGAUUAAUUAAAGGAACCAGAAAAAGAGAACCCACGACAUUGCUUCUGGAGUUUGCCGUGUAUUGUGAUCCAGGUUGGAAAGGGGCUGACUGCAACGAAUGCGCGGUCAACCAUUGCAAAAAUGGAGGCACAUGUAGCUAUAAUUCUGCCAAGAGGCAAAAGCAUUGCACCUGCCCAGUCGGUUACACAGGGACGUUAUGUGAGGUUUCCAUAGAUGAUUGUGCCAGCCGCCCAUGCUUAAACGGUGGAACGUGCUAUGAUAAUGUGAACUCCUACACGUGCCAGUGCCCACGUGGGUUUAAGGGGACUAAUUGUGAAAUCAACAUCGACGACUGCGCGAGCAGCCCGUGUAAAUACGGCGCGACCUGCAUUGAUGGGGUGCAUUCUUACACGUGCAAAUGUGCUUCUGGUUUUCUUGGCAGGCACUGCGAGAAUUUCGACCUUUGUUAUUUCAAUCCAUGCAAGAAUGGCGCUAAAUGCAUCGACAAUACCAACUCGUACUCUUGCCAGUGUAGGGAGGGGUUUCAAGGUAGCCGGUGCGAAACCGCCACGUGUACUCCAAAUCCCUGCAAGAAUAACAGUUACUGCCAACUCAAAGGUGGCACUUACGAAUGUUUCUGUACCAAUGGAUACUACGGCACACAGUGUGAGUUGAAAGUGACGACCUAAGGAUGAGCCGUUCGCCGUCAUCAACCUUCUUUGGAAAAAGCGGAAGAAUCUUUCGUUGAUGGACAAUCCGUGAAAAUUUCGGAAUGAGGGAGAGUUUCACAAAGAUGUUUUUGUUUUAGAAAGAUAUAUCAGUGUAAGCAACAUGAAGUUGUUAUUAUUUGAAUUUUAAAUAUAAACGUAUUUUGGACGGACCUAAGUUGAUUAUUGUAGUUCCUCUUGGUAGGCAACAUUCAGUGCUAAUGUGAAAUACCAUAACCAGGAUAGUUAAUGGAUUGUUUUUGGCUCAAUUUUGGCAUUUGCUUUUCGAGAAGAAAUAAAAUUAAGCCAACAACAUUUUUUAAUUCAUGCACCUGCAGACCUUCCAACCAGAUCAACCAGAUACAUUGUAGUGUCCAAAUUUUCGCCGAAUUUAAUUUCAUUUCAAAUUGGCGGUUUAUAUGCAAUAAUAAUUGAAAUGAGCGCUAUAUUUCACUUCUCACAUUCGCACUUACAUAAGCUCACGUGCUUGGCUAUUAUUUGUAAUUAAUUAUGUAGUUUGUUUCGUUCAAACAGAGUCACUGCUGCUGCUGCUGCACAUGCGUAAGCGCUUUAUGCUUGCCCCACAUCUAAGACAGUUACGACGACAGUACAAAAGGAAAUAUAAACAUACAAUGUUUUAGAAAAAAAUUUGAGGUAAGCUGCAAUGACUGCUGGAUUUCUUUAUUUCUGAAAAAGCAUUAACAAACAAUCCCCGACGACUUUGAUUAUGACAGUCACCAUGUUGGCUUGCAACGCUGUUAUUUUAGCAUUAAGCAGUCCUAGCGUUAUAUUACUGAAGCGGUUCUUAACAGGGGGUUGAAAUCUCAAGACAGAAGUUCGUUGAGAAAUCUGACAUUUUGUCUCUUUUUAGUAGUUUGUGCACUGAUAAACUAGAUAUUUUGGCACUGAGAAUAAAAUUGUCAUUUGACUCUUUAGUCAGAGUCCAGCACCCCUUGACCCUCAUGGAGUUAAUU